AUGGCAUUUUGGAACUCAUCAUCAUCAUCGUCAUCGACUCAAACUGAUUCCUCUUCCUCCUCUACUUCCACGGCAUCAUUAAAAUCUCAACAAAUCAAACAAGAUCUUCAAAAUCAAAUCAGUCAAGAAUUAGCUGCUGCCAAUGCUACUGAAUUAGUAAGAACAAUCACUGAAAAUUGUUUUGAUAAAUGUAUUUUGAUUCCUAAAGAUACUUUAUCGCCUACAGAAUUACAAUGUAUUUCUCAAUGUAGAGAAAAAUACAUGAGAUCUUGGAAUGUGAUUUCUAAAGCUUAUAUUGGUAGAAUACAACAAGAACAACACCAUUAA